GGCGCGCUUGGGCGAUGCGGAGCGCCCCGCGGGGCGGGUGGCGGCGCCGGGGCCGCCGGGGCCCGCCUGAGCCGAGCGGCGCAGGAAGCGGCGGCGGGAGCGGGAGGUGAGCGCCCCAUCCCCGCGGCCGAGCAGGAGGAUGCGGCCCGGCGCCGGGCUCUGAGCGAUGGAGGGGGUCCUGUACAAGUGGACCAACUACCUGGCGGGUUGGCAGCCUCGGUGGUUUGUUUUAGACAAUGGGAUAUUGUCAUACUAUGAUUCACAGGAUGAUGUUUGCAAAGGCAGCAAAGGAAGUAUAAAGAUGUCUGUAUGUGAAAUAAAAGUGCAUGCCACAGACAACACAAGAAUGGAGCUUAUCAUCCCAGGGGAACAACAUUUCUAUGUGAAAGCAGUUAAUGCAGCUGAAAGGCAAAGGUGGCUGGUGGCUCUGGGAAGUGCAAAAGCCUGUUUAGCGGAUACCAGAACAAAAAAAGAAAAAGAAAUAAGUGAGACCAAUGAAUCUCUUAAAACCAAAAUGUCCGAGCUUCGUCUCUACUGUGAUCUUUUAAUGCAGCAAGUUCAUACAAUACAAGAAUUUGUUCACCACGAUGAGACUUGCUCUCCUCCCAGUAUUGAGAACAUGAAUGAAGCCUCUUCCUUGCUUAGUGCCACAUGUAAUACGUUUAUCACAACACUCGAAGAAUGUGUGAAGAUUGCUAAUGCCAAGUUUAAGCCAGAAAUGUUCCAGCUGCCUCACCCUGAUCCCUUAGUUUCUCCUGUGUCACCGUCACCUGUCCAAAUGAUGAAGCGUUCAGUUAGCCACCCUGGUCCUUGCUAUUCAGAAAGGAAUAAUCACUCUGUAAAAGAAUCAAAUUCAUCCCUUCACCGAUUUUCACAGCGACGCAGAAGAACAUACUCAGAUACAGAAUCUUACAGUGAGACUUCCAUUGAAGAUUCUCAGAGAUCUGCUCAGUGUUCUAGAAGUGCUGUCAAUGGAGAUCUGGUAUCAUCAACCAUUCCUGAAGAAAAUAGAUCAGUAUCAAAGGAAAGCUCUGAACUGGAAGAGACUCUUCCAUCCUUUUCUUCUUGAAGAAACUGAAAGUAUUCAAUUUUCUAAAAAUAACGCUAUGCAAAGGCUGCUGUAAUUAUACUGUUGUUAUAGGAUGUAGUCAUUUCCCUUUUUAGAAGGAUUUCUCUGCACUUUAUAGAAUAAUAUAAAAACUAUCUUCGAAGUGUAUUUUAUCUUUAUAGAGUUUAUUUGCAAGAGUAUUUUCCUAAUAUUUCACAGUUUGAAUGUGCAUUUUUUGGAACAAAUGGUGGCUUAACAGGUAAGCAUCCACAUUUGUAAAUGUAGCUCUUUUUAAUAAGCGUGAAAGUUUGAUUGAUACAUUAGUAAACCUGCAGGUUAUAUACUUUAGCAAAAAGAUUUCAUUUUUUUGGAGAAAACACAAAUUGUGCCAUGGGCUUCUUGGUGAUUUGUACCAAGUCAUCCACCAGGCACUAUGAUUAGCCCUCCAAUGGCUUUUUUUUCCUGUGGAAGGGCUGUGGGAAUGGGCAUUAGCAGGUUUACUCUAGCAGCUUAAUGGUAAUGGACAUUGCCUUCUUUAAAAACAAGGAUAUACAUAAUCCGAUCCUUAUUUUUAGCCAAUGAAAGCAGAAAUAUUAAGUGUAUUUUUCUAAACUAAUGUAUAAAAAUAACUUAAUAUGAAGCAUUUGUACCAAACAUUGGAUAUUUAAGAAUUUUUAUUUAUUUAUUCUUUUUGCAUCAAAAAUUUCUACCUACUUUCACUUCUAAGGAUCUACUAAGUGCUUCAGAAUGUGCAUGAAUUGUUUCCGGGGUGUGUAGCACUGCAAGUAGCUAUUGCAGCACUGUUAAGAUUUACUCUACUCACUUAAGUUGUGUUUUUAGCAAGUAUUACAGAAGCAGGAGCUGAAAUAUUAGACCAUUAAGCUGCUGUUGUAAUGAAUAUUUGUAUCUAUACAUAUUUUAUUUAUGACAUAUUUAUACAAAAGGGAGCUUCUGUUUUUGCGACUCUUGUAUAUAAAUUGAGGAUGGUAUAUACCAGGAGAUGAAUUCCGCUCUCAGUUACGUCAGUGUAAAUUUGCAUUAACAGUAAGUGAGAUUGGAGUCUGACUCUCUUAAUAAUUAAUAAGUAAUAGAUAUAACAGUGCCUACUAGCACCUUGGUCCCUAAGGUUGUUAGAGUUAGCAUUGUAAGCUUUUGGAUUUUUGGGGUAUUCAUUUAGGGAUAAACUUGGUCUAUUAGGUCUUAGCUGUAGAGCACUUUAAGCAAGACACUUAAUGAUUUUGAUUUACACAAUUGUUAAACAAAUGUACAGGGUUUUUUUGCACUCAAGCACAUACCAAAAUCUGUCUUUUAUAAUCAAAUCUUCUUUAAUUUGAUUUAACUAGUCUUCCGUUUGUGUAUAUGAGUACCUUGGUGGUUUUAGAGCAGGCUGGAAAGGACAGAUGGGAAUGGAAUGGAACAUUUCCUUAUAAAUUUCUGGAAUGUUGAUUUAUCUAAAUCAAAAUAGGCCCAAACAUUGAGGAAAAACAUACGAGCUAUUGCCUGUAUAUAAGAUGGAAGUUUAUAAACCAUUAUGUCAGGGUCAAAUGGAAUGGAAUAGCUCAUAAAGUACAAUUGUUUGCGGAUACCAGCUCAAAGCUGAUGAUUUUUCAUGCAGCUAGUGUUUGCAUUAUACAUAUCAGCCACACACAUGCUUGUACAUUUUUUUUCUGAAUGUUUGCUUUAAUGUAUUCUGUAUUACACUUAUGACAAUUGUAAAAAUAAGUAUUAAAAAAGAUGUUCAGAGAAGUAAACACAUUGCAGUGAGAGUUGUCUUGAAUCAUAUGCUGUCUUAGUGCUGCUUUUUGAAAUUUUAUUGAGUUUUCUGCUAGCUUAUCCAGUGUUAUGUACAUGUUGCAUUAACAAAUAGCUUUUUCUGGCUUUCAGCUAGUAUAGAGAAAAUAUUUUGGACUCAACAUUGUGCAAAAAAACUUCUGAGACAGAUCAGUGCACGUAGUAGUAAAUAAUAAUUUUAAAUACUGCCAGAGAUAAGAUUGUUUAGACAAAAGAUGUAAUGAUUAUAUUCAGGCACAAAAUUUGCAUAUAAUGACUUCAGCACUAUUUUGAGUUUCUCCAUGUCACUGAAGCUGGAAUGAUGGCUUUGUAUCUAUAUAACGUGUUCCUGCUAAAGUUAAAUCAGCCUUUAUAUAUAAGUGUGUGCUAAACUCUGUAGCAAAAAAACUUGAGAUGUGUUUUGGUGAAAUCGAUGUAGUGAUAUGCCAUCAUGCUUUUUGCAUCUGGAGCCAAGAAGUCAUUUCUCAAAGUGUUACUUUGGUGUCUAAAUCACAGCAAUCCAUAUACAGUCAGACUCAAAAAAAGAUCUGGAUACUCUUACAUUUUAAUUUCCAUGUUUAGGAGAGAGUUUGUCAGGAAUGCCUAAUCGUAUCAUUCUUUCUGGAGGAGAAUGAGAGCUGCACCUGGCUCUGAACUCAAUUGCUUCCGACGAGGUCAAUCUGAAAUAAAUUUAAUUUUUUUAAAUAUUAUUUAUCACUUAGGGAAUAUUAGCAUACUACAUGUAUUUAGGUGAAAAGUGAUAACUUCUAGUUACGGAGUUAUCUCUGGAGUUGCUAACAUCAGACAAUUAGAAAUGGAAUGUGUCUAAAUGGCUUACCAGCUUGUACUAUAAAGAAUUCAUGAUCAGGCACUCAGUGAUUUGGAGGUUUACAGAUACUGAGAUUACAAAGUUUAGGUGCUUUAAACUUCUGAAAAUUAAUGUUUGUGUUUCUUUCCACUUAGUGUAUAGUAAGUAUAUAUAGUGUAUAGGUUGACUUUUUAAUAUUUUUCCCCAGAGAAAGCAACCUUGAGGGGAGAAAUAGUUCAGAGGUUGCUUCUGCAUUAAAGAAGUACGUAUUUUAUUUAGAAAUUGAAAUCACAGCUAUUUGUGUUAAAAUUAUUUUCACAAAACUGUAACCUUGAGUUUUGCUUGUUAUGCCAUUUUCAGUAUAAGUAUUGUCAUGUAGGUGUUCUUCCUGCUGGUGUAGGGUAAUAACUUUUUCAAGGGGUUUAUUACUUAAAUGAAGGAAAUGUCUGUGUCUUAAAACAAAGUGGUUUUUUUUCAGAUUUUCCUCAUUAUCUGGCUUUAAAGGAGUUGAUAUGAAACCUGUCUGUUAUGAGUGUGUCUUUACUGACUGCUUUGAGGGCUGAAGCUAGGAGUUUCAGAUCCAGAUAUAGAGAAGAAUGUGACUGCUUAAAGGGGAUUUAUGUAGAAAUGAGUGCCCAAAUCCACAAUUACUAUCCUGAAAAUCUCUACUGUUUAAUGUGCUUCGGCUUUUUCAAAAAGAAGGGUAAACGGCUGUCUCCAAGACCGUCAGUUAUAGAUGUCAAAGGUAAUACUUUAAAUCCUUCGAGGGACAGGAUUUAAGGGGUCUUCUUCUUCUUUUCCCUGUGUUAAUAUUGUGAUAAAUAUUGCUUUGACUAUUUCUGUAUGUUUCCUUUCUCAGUUCCAUGGGCUGCCAAGGCAUUUUCUACGAAGUCUAUGUUACAGAGAUAGAAGCAGGUCAUAAUUACCUUGCAUGUGUCUAGCUCUUGUUUUUCUUUAUACUGAUUGUCAUUUUAUGACAUGUUAGACUACCUUAUUUUCUGUCAUUCUUUGUCCUUUGUACUGCAGCUACUAUGGCGUGUUUCAGUGUGGGAAUAACACAAUGAUUUAUUUU